AGGGAAAACUGGUCUGCCGGCAUUGUAGCGGCGGUUUGGGGGGGUAUAAAGCCCGCGCUCUCCCCCCUACAGCGUUUACUCGCAGUCAAACCGCUACGCUGGUACUACUCCGUGCUUUACGUGCAACUACCAUUUAAACACAAUGCCCGUGGACCUGUACUACGUGCCUGGCUCGGCGCCGUGCCGUGCCGUGCUGCUGACGGCGCGCGCGCUCAACCUCAACCUGAACCUCAAGCUGGUGGACCUGCACCACGGGGAACACCUCAAACCGGAAUACCUUAAGAUCAACCCGCAACACACAGUCCCAACGCUCGUGGACGACGGCUACCCCAUCUACGAGUCGCGUGCUAUCAUCACCUACCUCGUCAACAAGUACGGCAAAGGCAGCGCGCUCUACCCCGAGGAGCCCAAGGCGCGCGCGCUGGUCGACCAGCGGCUGUACUUCGACAUCGGCACGCUGUACCAGAGAUUUGGUGAUUACUUUUACCCACAAAUCUUCGGAGGUGCUCCCGCAGACAAGGACAAGCUGGCCAAGGUGGAAGACGCCCUGCAGCUGCUCGAUACAUUCCUCGACGGACAGAAGUACGUGGCGGGCCCCAACCUCACCGUGGCCGACCUGAGCAUCGUCGCUGGCGUCUCCAGCUUCGAGGCCUCCGAUAUUGAUUUCAAGAAAUACGCCAAUGUCAAGAGGUGGUACGAAACCGUCAAGUCCACAGCGCCUGGAUACCAAGAAGCCAACGAGAAAGGCCUCGACGCCUUCAAAGGACUCGUCAACAGCAUCCUAAAGAAGUAAUCAUUCCAGAAAAUUUUUAUAAGUGUAGCUACAGGAAAGCUGAUUUUUCUCAAUUUAAAUUCCCAAAAAAUCUCAUCUUGUUUUAAUUUUUUUAUAAAGCCAUGGUUAGAAUUCCUUUCGCCAGCUGUGAUGUGCUUAAAUAACUUUCUAUAACGGCUAAUACUCUUCGGUUUCGUUUUCGUUAUUUGUGUACAAUGAUAAUUUCAAGUCACUAAACAAAUUACAGAAGUUUCAAGUUAGGGUUGUCUACCAUAUUCUCAAUUUCCGGGACGUCCCGCUUUUGAAAAAAUGACCUAAUAGAAUCAAUGUAGUCAGAAUUUCAGAAUCAGCUUUCCUGUGAUAUAAGUUACACCAAUCUGUACUCAUACAAAAUUGUGUUCUAUAUAAUAAGCACUGUUUACUAGCAAGUGUUACACUGCUUUGCUAUUUUGAAUCGUGAUUGUAAUAUAAGCUCUAGUAUAUAAGGCACAAAUAAAUGAACUGAAAUUCUUA